CUGCAAUAAAAAGAGUUCAAUGUUUAUCAAUUGUUAAGUAAAUGUCAAAUAUUAACACAAGUCGUAGAUUGGCAUAUAGUCUAUUUACCGAUAAAAAGGAAAUAUGUAUAUUUGUUAAAAAGUCGCGUGCGUAUCGUGUUGGUGUUAUUUUGCGUGUAUUGCUUGCGUGCUAUUGCCUAUAAACAACACUGGCAUCACACUGCUUUAGUGAGGCAGCGCGGUAUAUUCAUGUUUCCCAGAUGCGGCCACACUGCAUAGAAUAUAUAAACAAAUAGAACCAUUGCGUAAAAAAUGCUAGUGCGCGCGUGAAUCAUCGUUAUUACCAAUAUUAACACAUGUGUCAGGCGCGCCAACAAUAACGUCAACAGCAACAGCUGAGUACAAAUAACUAUGUCGACAGACGUAGCCGCGGAUCCGCUGAAAUGUGCAGCGGAAUGCGCCCAACUGCUGGAAUUCAAGGAGUUUCUGGCCUCAACAGCCGCCAGCAGCGAACUGACCUCUGGCAAUGAACUCACGCGCAAUGGAAAUUGUGUAACGCGCAGCAGCAAUGACACUUACAAAGUGAGCGCCGACGAAAAGCGCGCCGAAAUCAUAUCAGCCAUUUGGAAGCAGCUUGCUGCAAGAGGAUGCCCGCGCGCAUUUCAGCUCAAGCUGCUGCACGCGGCCACGGCGCAACUGGAACAGGAUAUCAGCCAUGCCAAGGAGCUGGAGCUGACGGAACUGGAUGCCAGUGAGCCGCCGCAAUAUGAUCUAUUGAAAUUGCAAAAGUUUGUCAGCAAUCAGCUGGACAAGCUGCUGCUCAAGUUGACCGACAAUGCGGCCAUGGAAAAGCUACAGCUGUAUGCCGACGACGAGGCUCUGUGCGAGCAGCCUAUGUGCUGUACCUGCGCCAGUGUCCCUGCUGCGCCGGCAUACAGUGCAGCCGCUGUUAAGAAUAAGCCGCGCAAAAUGGAGGAUCGUCAUGUGUGCCUGGAACGCUAUGGGGCCAUGUAUCAGCUGAGCGAGCACAGCGACAGUCGUUUCUUUGGCGUCUUUGAUGGCCAUUCCGGCGCAUUGUCCGCCUGCUAUGCAACCAGCCAAUUGCCACAGCUGUUGGCGGCGCAGCUGCAGCGUACCCGAUUGCCCGACGAGAGCGACGUGGACUACUAUCGCAAUGCGUUCGAGACGGCUUUCCUGCUGGCCGACGAACGUUUCGCGCGUAAACGCAUCACCAGCGGCACCACCGCCGUCUGUGCGCUGAUCAACAGCGAUCAGCAGCAGCUGUAUGUCGCCUGGGUGGGCGACUCCAAGGCCUUGCUGGUGGGCAAACGCACCCAACUGCAGCUGGUGAAGCCGCACAAACCGGAGACGGUCGAUGAAAGGCGACGCAUAGAACUGAGCGGCGGCAGCGUCAUCCAUGCCCAGGGCCAAUGGCGUGUCAAUGGCAUACUGAAUGUGGGUCGUUCCAUUGGCGACUACAGCCUCGAAGCGGUCAUUGCGGAGCCCGAUUUUGUGGAUGUGCAGCUGACUGAAGCACAUGAUUUUCUGGUGCUCGGCAGCGACGGUCUGUGGGAUCAUGUGCCCGAAUCGUUCGUUGUGGACACUGUCUACGAGUGCCUGGCGGAGGCGACAACCAAAUUAGAAGACAUUCCCAAACUGCUUGUGGAGGCUGCCAAGGAGCGCGACUCACAGGAUAACAUAACCGUUGUCCUGGUGCUGCUCAAGACGCGCGAACAGAUCAAUCAACGUUAAGCCAAUCGAUUGCGUUUUUUUUUUUUAAACUAUUUUAAUUGUUAUUCUGCAUUUGUUGUCUGUUUUUCCAUAUAUUUUAUUUGUAUUUUCGACGUGUAAAUAGCUUUAAGCCCGCCCAUUUUUCGAUUCGAUACACACAUACGCAUGUGCCUCCGGCAGCCACGCCCCCCUAGGUUGUUGCCACUCGAAUAAGCUCAAACACAAAUAUUUUUUGCACGCCCCGAUUAUAUAGUAUAUAUAUACAUGCAUUUUACAAGCGCAUAUACACAUAUUUACAUACGAACACAAAAUAGUUAACAUUGUUUUGGCCGCUUUAAUAGCUCGCAGUGCUUCCAACCGCGAUUAGCAUGCUGUACAUAAGGCAUAUAUAUAAUAAUAUAUAUAUAUAUAUAUAUAUAUAACUUUUUAACCUGCCCAGUUGACAAGCCAAAGCGCAUCCAACGAACCGCUCGAUUUUACGAGUCAUUUUUGAAUCAAUCACGUAACUAGUGCAAAUAUUAUCAGAAACAUUGAGAACUAAAAUUGGAAAUUUUUAAAUAAUUGAAUUUGAAUAUCAUUCAAUUCGAUCCCUUGCCAAACUUGAUUAGAUAUAAGCCCAAAAAAAAAAUCUAUAACUCUGUAACUUUAAAUAAGACACAGCAGUCGCUCGAAAACUUAAACCAAAUUAUAAUUUUGAAUUUUAUGAAGUUUUGUAAAUCCGAAAAAGAGACGCUUACUGAUUUCUAUAAAACAA